AGCACACCGUGAAACGAAACGUAAAAGCUAACUGUCAAAAGUCCUCCCGUCAAAACAAAGCUUCUCGAGUUCGCUUUCGUCGUCUGGCAUUAUUUCGCUGUGGUGGCUUGUUGGGUGCUCAAUGCUCAUUCGCGUCGGCCUACGGACUGUUUUCACACAAUAAACUCUAUUCGACCGUUGGAACUAUUUACGGAACUUUUUAUCAAUGAAAUUGAGUUCGACCAGUGGUGUCGGUUAAUAUAUUGUUAAGAUUAUUAAAUACAACGUCGAGCGUCGUUAUUUUUGUGCAUCGAUUCAUAACGUACGGACAUAUCGAGUGCUAUAUUUGAAUUUGUAAGAGUUAGUGGUGGACCGAUGAACGUUGGCCGCGGCUCGCGCGUGUCGGCGGAGCGGGGCUGCUAGGGCGAGGGCGCCAUGUCGGGGGCCGCGACGCCGACGGCGCCGGAGCCGCCGGCGCUGGACGAGCGCGACGUGGAGCCGCGCACGCCGAUGAAGCGCCUCGGCUCCACGAGGAAGCUGGCCGCCUUCAGCAACAUCCGCAUCCAGCUGACGGAGCAGACGCGCGUGCUGGAGCAGCGCGCCGAGGCGGCGGCCGGCGUGGCGGGCGAGCUGUCCGACUACUGCCGCCGGCGCGCCGACCUUGAGCACGAGUACGCGCGAGCGCUGGACAAGCUCGCGCGCGCCGCGCACCAGCGCCACAAGGAGCAGAAGCACAAACGCGAGCAAUGGGCGCUGACGGGCGCGUUCGCGUGCUGGCAGGCGGCGCUGGACAACACGCGCGCGCUGUCGCGCGACCACGCCGCGCUGGCCGAGCUGUACGCCGGGCCGCUGGCCGCCCGCCUGCAGCGCGCCGCCGACGACGCGCUGCGCCUGCACCGCAAGUGCCGCGACAUAGUGGCUGAGCGUCACGAGGAAGUGGGCGCAGCGCUGGCCGAAGCCGGCGCCGCCGGGAAGGCGCACGCCGCCGCCGCCGCCGACUGGCGCGCCGCCGCGCUCAAGCUGCGCCACGCCGCCGAGCAGCGCGCGCGCCUCGCCGCCGCCUCCCCGCCGCGACACAAGAAGCUCAAGGCCGUGGACAAGGAGCGAGACAAGAGGCGAGCCCGCUACAGCGAGGCGCGCGCCAAGGCCCUGCGCGCGCGCGCCGACUACGCGCUCAGCCUCGAGGCCGCCAACGCCACGCUGCAGCGCUACUACCUCGACGACAUCGCCGACAUCAUGCUGUGCACGGAGGUGGGGUUCGAGGCGGUGGUGGGUCGCGCGGUGCGCGCGGCGGCGGCGGGCGAGACGGCGCGCGCGGCGGCGGCGGCGGACGCGGCGCGCGCGCUGCACGGCGCCGCCGACGCGCUCGACGCGCUCGCCGACCGCCAGCGCGUGCUCGACGCGCACGCGCAGGCCUUCGCGCUGCCGCGCCCGCUGCCCUACCAGGGCGCGCCGCCCGACAAGCAGGACGCCGACAUGGGCGCGCUGGUGGAGGACGCCGCGCCCGCCGACGACGCCUGCGCCGCCGCCGCCGCCGAGCUGGCGCUGCGCCUGCAGCAGCUGGAGGCCGGCGCGCGCCAGCUGCGCGCCGAGUGCCGCGAGAGCGCCAAGACGCUCGACGCCGCCGAGGCCGAGCUCGUCAAGCAGAUGGAGGGCGGCGACGCGCACUGGGACGUGAGCGGGCUGUUCGGCGCCGGCGCGGCCGCGGGCGCCGCGCUGCCGCCGCUGCCCGACGAGGCCGCCGCCCGCGACCAGGAGGACUACUACCUCGCGAAGUUCCGCGCGUACGUGUCGUGCGCGGGGCGGCUGGCGCGGCUGGAGAGCAAGGCGGCGGCGGCGCGGGCGCGGCUGGCGGUGGGUGCGGGCCCGGGCCCGCCGCCCGCGUCCCCGCCGUCGCCGCCGCGCCGGGCCGCCGCGCGCCUGCGCCGGGGCCGCUUCGCCGCGCCGCUGGACCACCGCCUGCCGCUCGUGCUGACGUCCUGCGUGCGCGUCAUCGCCACCUACGGCCUCAACCACCAGGGCGUGUUCCGCGUGUCCGGCUCGCAGGUGGAGAUGCAAGCGCUGCGCGCCGCCUUCGAGCGCGGCGAGGAUCCCCUGGCUACGGUGCGCGACGCGUCCGACAUCAACUCGGUGUGCGGGCUGCUGAAGAUGUACCUGCGCGAGCUGCGGCCGCCGCUGCUGCCGCCGCAGCUGCAGGAGGUGCUGCUGCGCGUGGCGGCGCUGCCGGACGACGCGGACUUCGUGCGGCGCCUGCGCGACGUGCUGGCCGCGCUGCCGGCGCCGGCCGUGCUGGUGCUGCGCUACCUGUUCGCCUUCCUGGCGCACCUGGCCGAGCACGCCGACCGCAACAUGAUGGACGCGUGGAACCUGGCCAUCUGCCUGGGGCCCACGCUGCUGGCCGCCUGGGGCGAGGGCGGCGCGCAGGUGGCGGCGCAGAACCUGCUCAACGAGCUCGUCAAGCGCACCAUCCAGCACCACGCCGCCGUGUUCCCGCAGCACCUGCACCCGCACGCGCUCUACGUGCGCGCGUCCAGCGUCGAGGAGCUGGAGCCGGCCGCGGACGAGCCGGACGCGCGCGACGACCUCUCGCUCUACGACGAAGACGACGAUGAACUGAGCGAAGACGGCGAGAGUGGGUAUUGGCAAGAUUCGAACUCAACGGGAAACUACCGGUCGGCCAGCGUGGAGCGGCGGCAGUCGGCGGCACAGGAGGCGCCGCCGCCGCCCGCGCGCGCCGCGCCCGCCGCCGCGCCCUCCACCUCGGCCCCCCAAUGCAGAAGAUUAGCGGAGAGCACGCCGGACCUGGUGCUGGACCUGCCGCUGCGGCCCGCGCCCGCCGCCACGCCCACGCCCGCCGACGCCGCGCCCGCGCCCGAGCCCGAGCCCGCGUCCGCGCCCGCCGCGCCCGCCGAGCCCGCGCAGGACGCCGCCGCAGACUCCGCCGACACUUUUCUGCACAAUCGCGACACGCUCAAGAAGAGACCCAACUCCAAGAGGUCCGAGGGCGCCGACGGCGAGCCCGCGCCCGACGCGGCGGCGGCGGCGACGGCGGAGGAGGCCCCGGAGGCGAGCGAGGCGGCGGGCGCGGCGAGCGCGGAGGGCAGCCCGGUGCCGGCGCGCAACACGGCGCGCGUGGCGGCCAAGUUCGCGGAGCUCACGCUCACGGGCGGCUCGCUGAAGCCCGCGCUGGCCGCCAAGCCCGCGCUGCUGCGCCGGCCCACGCCGCACGCGCAGCCGCGCGCCGCGCCCGCGCCGCCGCUCGCGCCCGCGCCGCGCCCCUCCGACGCCUGCUAGCCGCCGCCCCCCGCCCUCCGCCCGCGCGGACCCACCGGCGUGGACGACGAUUCCGCUCUUUCGGCUUUUCCCGCUGAGAUGAGAGGCGCAUUCGUUUGGACGAUGCGAUCGGGGGAGAGCGAAACGGAGAGGACGAAGCGGACGAGGACGCGUACAAUGUGAUUGUCGUGUAUCCCCUUCUUUGUAGUUUAUGAUGUAGUUGGUGGACCGUGGGUGUCCGAUGACGCCGUUCGGCGUCGAAGCGAACGGGCCGCUCCGGAGCGGACCUCGAAGGUGCUCCGGAACUGAUUUUGGAAAUCGUUUCCGGCUCGACCAGGAAUCUCUGUAGGUACUAUGUUCGAUGUAUCGAUCGUUCAGAAUUGACCCCCGAGGCGUGUGCUCGGGACCGCCGUUAGCGUAGCGGUUCAUUGACCGCCGUGUGCUCGACGCUAAGUUGUAGAAUGCAGAAUACGGAAUGAAGAUAUUUUAUCGGCUCGAGUGGCUUCCGGGCGCCGGCUGAGGAGAGACUGAGCGUCCUGCCACCACAUCGACGGGUCCAGUGGCGUGAAACUUAUGUGACCCUUAUCUUUGUAGUUCUGAUAUUAUCCCUAGUCUAGAAUUGAAUAUAAAUACGCAUUUUGCUCAUUGUAUUUUUGGAUGGUAAAGCGAUUCAAUCAUCCGUAUGCAUAAACAGAAUUUUCCUAGGUAUUCUUAAAACAACAUCACACCGUAUGGUGUCGACAUUUCUGACAGUGAUUACUUCCAUAAACCACAAGACUUGGUAACGAAUACCCUAGAAACGAAUGUUGUUUGUGAAUACGGUUGGCAGUGUCAUAAGUUGAAUGGGAAAAGUUUGGAUUCAUCACAAAUAUCGUACGUAGAUUUUUACUAUACAUUUCGAAUGGUGACUCAAAGAGAGUGGUAAAUUUUGUUAAUGUGCAGUAUGAACGAGUUCUCUAUGGGUUUCUUUGACAGUUAGCCUGUUUCCAUUCAUUUUUUGAUGAUACUUUUCGUGAGUUCAAGUCAUAGACAACCGGUCGCACUGCACAUGCAUACCGUAGAAAGAGAGGUCUGACGGUGAAUCGAAGAGUGUUGGCUCCUGCCGUAAUCGUAGAUGUUGUAAAGGAAGAUUUAGUUUUGUAAGUGUGUAUCGUCCGUAUGUUCCCGUACGGUAUAUUUUUGUACGGGUGCCCGUUGCGGGAGAUGUGAAUAUUUUUGUACGCACUUUUGGCGCCGGCGGCCUUCAUCAGCCACCGACCGACCCCAGCCUAAGCACCACCUUCUGGACGUGUAAAUACGUUCAAUAUGUGAUAUAAUUUCGGCAUGCCGCAGUUAACGCGUUGCCCAUUUUAUCAGUUUCAACAUAAGCUUUGUACACAGUUAAACACUCAAUUAUAUUUAUAAAUGCGACCCAUGCGUGCCAACUGACUGUAACAUGAGAGAAGCGCGUUUAGAAACAGAAUAUUAUGCUGUUUAUUUUACGUUACUGAAUAUUUCUGUGACUUGACGAAAAAUUGCAAUCGAAGAGAAAUAAGAUUAGCAGCAUUAUUUUAUUAUUGGACCCCAUCAUUUUUAACUUGUUCUCUAGUGAUUUUAUAUUUUAACUUGACAACAUAUCUGAGUUGGUUAAUGAAAUGGUUGCAUAGGGCGCGGACUUCUCUUAUAAGUGUGUAGUAUCAUUCGAUUGUUUCCCUUCCCGCACCCGCGCUACACACGGAGCCGUCAUACCCGCGUGGCGUGGUCGGUGGGUGGGCGCGCCGGCCGCCGCUGUGAUAUUGCUACUUGUAUUGUAUCUGUCGGAUGUCUGUACCUUCUGUAAUCUCCAACUCAAUAAACCAGUAUUACCGAUGUA